CAGAAGAGGUGCAAGCAAUUUUUCCCGUGUCGUCGCGUUUUGCCGUUUUUAUUUUGGAUUUCGGUGCAACGCUCGCGUGCGUGCGUAGAUCGGCGUGAUGGAUCUAGCGAAGCUUAAGGUGGCCGACCUGAAGGCCGAGCUAGCGGCCCGCAAUUUGGAUACCAAAGGAGUGAAAGCGGUGCUGCUGGAGCGCCUGAAGGAGGCGCUCGAGCGAGAAGCGAACGCUGCUGGGACCGCCGUCAACGCUGGGAUGGGCGGAGAACAGCAGCUUUUCCAGGCACAACAUCAGCAGAUGAUGCUGCAACAGCAAAUGUUUGCACAACAGCAGCAGCAACUGUAUCUUCAACAGCAACUUCAGCUUCAGCAAGAACAGCAGCAAUUACUCCUCCAACAGCAGCAGCAGCAGCAGCAGCCGCUGGGGCUGCCGCAGCAAAAUGUCAUUCAGAGUGAGGUUCUGCCACACCAAGAAGCGCCUCCCCAGCAAGAUGCCAUCGAGGAUUUGUCGAUGCCAAGCAAAAGGGUGGAGACUCCGGUACGGCGCAGCCGACGCCGGUCCGCGACUCGGUCACCUUCGCCCACCAACAGCCUCGGAGAGCACUCGACGCCGGCGGGCGCGUUGUUGGGCAGCGCACGGAAGCGUGGACGAUCACGCUCGAUGACGAAAUCGCCCUCACCGCAAAGGCUAGCGGAAGUCGCACCCAGUCUAGAAGCGGUACAGGAGGAACCGGAACCACCGGUUGUCGCACCGGUCGAACGGCCGGUCGCUUACACGCAACCUGAAGCUGUGCGUCAAGAAAGUGCGCCCGUAGUCGACACCUUCGCUGCUGUUGCUAAGGAACAACCUGAGCAAGGGCUGAGCGAAGAGAUUGAGUCGGUUGCCGCUGAACCACCUUGUGCUAUGGACACUGACGUGGAUUCCGCGCAUACGAUUUUGACUGAAAGCGUGAAUAGUGAACCUGGGGAAAAUCAAGUACACAGUGGAAAUGUCCCUGAUCAGCUAACCGUAGCUUCGGGCGAGCUAUCGGCGGCAGUUACUGAGGAGCCUAGUCCUCUGAGUGAGGAACAGUCAUCAACUGUGGACACACAUUCAACCGAAAUCGAUACGAAACCGGAACCGGACCUCGAAGUGAAGAAGGCAGCAUCGGUACAAGAACCCUCUGCAGAACAGGAAGUAAAGAAAGAGCCGGAAGAUAAUGUAAAAGUCGAAAAAGAAGAUGACGGUAAUGAAAAGAAAUCCGACGCGGCGACGGAGAAAACAGAGGCAACUGCUGCUAAGGACACGAACGGUGGUGGUAGUAAGCAGGCCAAACAAUCAUCUGAGGCGGGCAAUAAGAAACAAUCGCAACAAAACAACGUCAUUGAGUUCGUUUCGGAAGAGAUUGAACCGAAGCUGGGGGAUGAGACAGAUAAACAAAAUGCUACGCUCAGUUGGUACGAUUCGGACCUCAACUUGAUCAUCAGCCCGGAAGAUUUGCUUUCGGCGAAACCACUUGCCGAUGGUAUCUUUGGUUUAGUGUGGGGUGGUGUACGAGCUAAUUUUGGCGUCACCGGUGGACGAGUAUUUUUCGAAGUAUUAGUAGGCGACGAAAUGCAACCGGCAACGCGCUCACCGUUCGUGCCAGAAGGUGAAACCUGCACGCCGGAAAUUCGAAUAGGCUGGUCGAUUCAGCCGGCGGCCAGCACUCCCAAGCGACAGCUGGGUGAAAGCGACCGAUCCUACGGUUACGCUAACGAUGGCCAGAAGGUCCUUGGUGGCACGUUCGAAAAGUAUGGUGGCUCAUACGGAAAGCAAGAUGUCAUUGGUGCUUACCUGGAUCUGGAAUCGCAACCGUGUCGCAUCCAGUACACGCUCAAUCGCGUGCGCCAAGGAGAGGCCUAUGAGUUUGACAAGGAUAGCCUCGAGGGUGCGGCACUGUUUCCACACAUCUACACGAAAAACCUGGCCUUCAAGGUAAAUUUUGGAACCAUAGCCGAUGGGUUUCCACUGACCGAGAAAAAGGUUGCGGAAGUUAAGGCUGAUGAACCGGAGAAACAACCUGCAGACGACGCUACAAAAGCUGAAGGAGAAGAAAAAGAAUCCAAGGAAGAAAGUUCUGAGGAUAAGGAAGACUCAGGGGCAACCAAGGCAGAAGAGACAUCAGCAGCAGCAGCAGUAGCAAAGGAAGAGGAACAGAAAGAGGUGGUUGCUGAUAGCACUGACGUGGAUGAGAAGCCAACCUCCGAAGUAACCGUGGACAGCGUUCCAUUCGAUGCUGAAUAUUGUUUUGUGAACGAUUUCGCUAAGCAAAACGAAGAACUGAUCGUACAAGGACACGAAGGACCAUCGUCAAGAGACUGUUGCGAGCUUAUAAUGAUGAUCGGAUUGCCAGGAAGCGGCAAAACUCACUGGGUAAAUAAGUAUUUAGCAGACAACUCGGAAACACCCUAUACAGUGUUGAGUGUCAACAGUUUGUUGGACAACAUGAAGAUUUCGGCCCAACCGCGUGACCCCUCCAACACACCCCAAUGGCAAAAGAUCGUUGAGCAACUGUCCCGCAACACCGGGCGGCUGAUCGAGAUCGCUUGCAAGCGUCGCAGAAACAUUCUCAUAGAUCAGACGAACGUAUUUGCCUCGGAACAGAAACGACGACUGAAGGGAUUCGGUGGUUUUAAGGUGCGACGAGCGAUUGCUGUUGUGCCUGAAGUGGAGGAGUACAAACGGCGCUACGAACAAAAGGUUGCCAAAUACGGCAAGGAAGUACCUGAUUCGACACUCAACACAAUGAAGGCUAACAUUUUCGUGCCAUCGGACGAACUAAAAUGGUACACGGAAAUCGUGUUUGCCGAGCUGCCGGAGGCGGAGGCAAAGGAAGCGAUCAAAAAAUUGAACGAAGAAGGACGUAAGUUAAUGCCACCACGGCGCAACCGCGGCCAGCAGUCAAACCGGGGUCCGAAUCAGAAGAACAACGGUAGCUCGAACGCAAACAGUGGCUACACGUCUCGCUGGAACCACAACCACCGUGCUCAGGGAGGAAGCGGUGGGCAGUAUGGUGGCAACAAAACCGGCAAUCGGUACGGUGGAAGUUCCGGUGGCGGUAGCGGCGGUUACAACAAUCGGUAUGGCAACAAGUCAAACGAUAGCCACCAAUAUGGCGGGGGUGGCCAUCAUCAGCAGCAGCAUCAUCACCGAGGAGAUUACCGUAGUGGAGGCGGCAAUGGUUAUGGACGACGCGAUGAUCAUCGCAGUUCUGGAGGCUACAGUGGUGGUGGUGGUGGCAAUCGUUACGAUUCGUGGAACCGGAACAGUGGAGGAUAUUACAACGAUCGUGGCUAUUCUAACCGUGGCUACAAUCAACAGCAGGAUCAUUCCAACAACCGAUACGACGCGAGACGCCGUGAUCGCCGUGGUUACAACAAUGGUUCAGGUUGGAACAGCCAGGGAGGCCAGCAGCAGCAACAGCAGCAGUGGAAUAACAACUACAGCAACUCGGGUAGUAACGAUAUGUGGUACGACUGGUGGCAGUCUAACCUGAAGACUCUGUUGCACGAGGGUGGCGGCCAAAAUGGAGGGAAUGCCGCUGCGUCCUCUUCUAGCGCAUACUGGAACCAGUACAACAGCAGCAAUAACGCGUCGUCCUCAUCGUACGGCGGUGGCGGUGGGGGCAACUACCAUGCGAAGGGUUCGGGUGGCUCCAAUAACUAAAGAAAGCGUAGCAAGAUGUGGGAGGUAUCUUUUCUCCUAUACGAUGCGCUCCACGCGCUCUGCAUCGAUAGUUCAAUACCCACCUUGCGGAUGGUGGAAAUCUUCUUUGCUUUUAUUCUUCCGAUAAUUUCGAGCCCCACCCCAUUUUGCUUCUCAUCUCUAUCGUAAUUUGCGGAACUGCGUAAGUGCAUAUUUAACUUGUUGUAGACUUAGGGAGGACUAGUUUUAAUUGUAACCAUUUAAGAGGUGAGAAACCAAUUGGAUGGGAUGGCACGAGCGAUAUCGAGAUCAUGACAUACACACGUACGAACGCACAUUUUUCACACAACCAUAGCUCAUCUCGCACACUCACUUUCAACACACUGAAUCACAUCAAAAACACACACAUAAUCACGUUCACGUGCGCGUUAUUUGGGACAAACGAGAUCUACAGGUGCAAUCUGUAGUUCAUUUCGUUUGGAAGAUUGGAAAACUUAAAAGCAGCUGCGGUUCCGGUAGUGUAACGUUUUCGGAGAUGCUAGGGUUAGGAAAGAUCAUCGCUGGUGCAGUAACACAUGGUCGUGAAUGGAGAAACGCCGCCACAUGCGAGACCUGAACUGAUGAGGGGUAGUGAAAUAUGCAGUACUUUAUGUGUAAUACGUAUGUUUGCUUUUUAAUGAAAUACCUAAGACAAUUUUUAACGCAGAAUUACAAAGAGAACAAAUGAAACCCUCCCUCCACCCCCACGGGCAAUGAAACAAAUCGAAGUUGAGAACUUUCUUUACACGUGCACAUCCUUCUUUAUCGUUUUGUUCCUUUCUUUUGUGCUUCUUUCCCUGUGCAUGGAGAGUGUAUAAUCCUUUGGACAUUAGGACAUGAUCAUGGCCUGUUAUCGUUGGUUUAGUUGACUCGAAAAAGAGGUCGCGAUAGUGGUAUUGUACGUAUUUGGGAUUCGUUUUACUCAUUGUUUUGUAUUGAUUUUGUUUUCUUUUUUUUUUCAAGGAUUUACGUUCGAUUUUGAAAUCCAUUUUUAGCGUAUCUUAACGUAAUAGAAGGAGUAAAUCCCUGGUGUUGGCGUGGCAUAACUAAAACAAAUGCGCAACACACGAAACAGGAUGGUAAUGUAGUUGCUGAUAAGGUUCAUUUCAUUCGGUCCAAACUUGAACGUCCGUUACCGCCUUACGUUCGGCUCCUAUCCUAUUCCCAUUAGUUUCCCAAAAAGGGUCAGGGUGACACGGUGGCCCUCCGUAGCAUAAUAUGAAUAAAUACAGUAGUAAACCUUAUUCAUGAGUGUAUGUUAGUGGCGUCCCCCAUCACUUGCCGCGACGAAUUUGAGACGAAUGUAUGCACCAUCGACAUGCUCGUCCCAAGAAAGAUGGGAAAUAGACAGGACACCGGAACACGUGGGUGAGACGGUGCAACAAAAGCAUAUUAUGUAAGGGAUUAAGCGCUCUUUCCACAUUCAACUACCGAAACAACCUACUUUCAAGCAGCAGGUACAGGUUUGUUACGGUGGCUUUCCGGAUGGGAAAAUGCAGCAAGAAAAAGAAAACCAAGGGGCAAAGAAGAAACACAUAAAAAACAUUUGGCGUAUUCUAAUCUUAAAUUAUUAAAAUAAAGUUCAUUCUUAAAUACAAACAUCUAUCCAUUUGCAAAUGAAUGGCAAGUAAUAAAAUCACGAAAACACAGAACUUAACAUAAACAGACACACAUAUACACACAACUUUAAAUGAAAUAAUGUUGGAAUGAGGACUGAGGGAGAAAAGGGUGUCCAUUAGGGAUAAUCCUAGGGCUAAUUAUCGCCGUUGUGGUAACGACGAAAGGAUGAACGCGCAGUGUGUCUGUAGCAGUAGCGAUCGAGGAAGGGAGAGACGUAACACGUAUACUUAAGGUACAAAUAAAAAAGGAAC